AUGGAUCAAUCAAACAACACCAGCAGUCUUGGCAAUACCUAUCUGAGUCUACAGAUGUCCAAGGGCUGGUAUGAAGAUACAUGGGCAGCCCUACACAAACGAUCCAAGGACUGUGCUAAAGUUGGAGAGGCAGUAGAUGGUGAAGUGGUGGUAUUGUCGGCAUACUGGGAGAAAAAGAAGAACCAUUUAAUCGAGCUGCAGGAACAGCUCCAGCAGAUCCCAGCACUGUCAGUCGACCUGGAAACUCUUACAUGUAGACUUGCUCAAUUGGAAGCUGACUUUGAGGAGUUGGAGAGUCACUUACUGUACUUGGAGGAUAUAUGUGAACAGUGCGAAUUUGAGCGCUAUAAACAAGAACAGAUCCUUCAGCUGGAAAACUACAAGAAACAAAAAAGGAAAGAAAUAGAAGCUUUCAAAGCUGAACUGGAUGGAGAACAUACACAGAAGGUGCUAGAUAUGGAGAACACACAGCAGCUGAAGCUGAAAGAGCGGCAGAAAUUUUUCGAAGAAGCUUUUCAGCAAGAUCUGGAGCAAUACUUGUCCACAGGAUACUUGCAGAUAGCACAGAGACGAGAACCCAUCGGAAGCAUGUCCUCUAUGGAGGUAAAUGUGGACAUGCUGGAACAGAUGGACCUGAUGGACAUGUCUGACCAAGAAGCACUAGAUGUAUUUCUUAACUCAGAAGACAACAGUGAAAUCUCACCAGUAUUAGGGCCAUGUCAAAGUGAAAUAACUCUGCAAGUGCCAACACAAGCUGAGCUGAGAUUGAAGUUAUCCUCUUUAUCUUCCACUUGCACCAACUCUGCUAAACAGGAUGAGAGUGAAGAAGGUAGUGGUGUGGAAGACAUUCCAGUGAUUCAGUCUGAUGAAGAGGAAGUUCAAGUGGACACCACUCUGACUGCAGUAAAUUCAGAUCCAAAAGAGAACUCUGACAGUGAUUCUCAGUAAAGAGAACUAAAAUCUACCUGAAUCACACAAUGAAGAACCUUCUGUGAUGGCUAACCCAAUGAAUCCUUUUGCUCUUCUGUUUUGAACCAGUAACUUUUGUUACCUAGUGUUUCUGCGGGAUUAACAAUGACUAUGUAUAGAAGCGGUAGACUGGCCUAAUUAGUUUAAUUACAGAAGCAAAUUUCUCAGGCUUGACUAAUGAAGCAUUUUUCUGUAAGUUUUCACCUUCCUACACACUGUACUUACCAACAAGUAAAGUUUAUUUUGGCAAUUUUCAAA